UUCAAAAAUAAUUUCGAAAAAUCUCUCACAAAAGUCGCAGUUUCGUCCACAAAUCUAGCAAAUAUUGUACUCAUUUGUCACACAUUUGUCGAUACAUUGAGAUUCUCUACGUAGUCGUACUUACUUGACUACGACCUGUCCUUCCUUGGGACCUUGAUCAGCAAAAAUGUCGGUGGAGGCCUACAAAGCAGAGAUGGAGUUCCUGAGGGAAGAACUAGCCCAAAAGGAGAAAGAUGUAGCCAGAGCUGCAGAAAUUGGAAAGUGCUUGCUCGAAACCAAUCAAGACCUGGAGGAACAAAUGGAGAAGCAACAGAAGGAUAAUCAGUUGAAAAUAGAUGAAAUCAACCAGGAAUGUUACACCCUCAAGAAGAAAUUGGAAAGCAAGAACUUCAUGGAACAAAAUUACCUUGAUGAUAUUGAGAAGAUGAAGGCAGAAUUGAGGAAACACCGGAAUAAUCAAGAGACUGCUGCGGAACUAGAACUACAAGUUAAACUAGCAGAACUAAAGAAACAGAAUGGAUAUCUCCAGCAAGAGUUAGAGAAGACCCAGUUGUCAGAGAAGCAGUCAUUGGAAAAAAUCAAUGAUCUGAGUGAAGAAGUUGAGAGUCUACGAUCCCAGCUUUCGCUGCAGGAGAGUCGCUUCAAUGAUACCUGCAGUGAGGAGAUGGCAAAACUAUUGUCUGAGGUCGCUAAUUUACAGAAAGAAAAGGUAACUGAGGAUUAG